GCAGAAUAGGGUGCGUGCUCUUUGUUAUUGAACGCCAUUUCCUGUCGUUUUAAAGCGUGUUUCGUUCUAACAAGGUAGAUAUAAAGAUUUACAAGACGUUUGCCUGUCUGCUCAUACUGUUUUGUGAUAAGAAAAUGGCAGCAGAAAGCAGGAGCCUCGAGGAAUACCCGUACGAAAUAGACGAACAGCUGACUACUUUCGACUCCUCCGUUAAUGCGGUGAAAACCAUGCUGGAGAAACUGAUGUCCAUGUCCAGGAAUGAUCAGCUGGAAAAGCUUGAUCCUUUGGACCAAGCCAAGUUGGAUUUGAUGUCUGUCUACACUCUGAAUUCAUUAUUCUGGAUGUACUUGGUGACUCAAGGAAUAAACCCAAGAGAACAUGGGAUCAAACAGGAGCUGGAACGAAUAAGGACUUACAUGAACAGAGUCAAAGAGAUCACUGACAAAAAGAAAGCUGCUCGUCUGGAUAAAGGAGCUGCUUCACGCUUUCUCAGGAACGCGCUUUUUGAUCCGGAGAGCAAACAACCGAAAAAGGCUGCUUCUAAGAAACCGGCCGACGCAACUUCUGACAUCUCAAACGCAAAACGCCCAAAACAGAGCUGAACUUUAGGAUUUGCUCAGCAGACACUGAUAUUUGGACUAAAAGGCAUUUUGAUGGCAGUUUUUUUUUUGUUUCUUAACCAGUUGGUGUUGAAGAAAUCAACAUUGUAACAAUCUUCUCUUGUUCACUGGGAGACAAAAAGAACUUUUCUCUCCUGGAGACAUCAUCUGUGAUUGUGUUGCAUCUCUGACAGCAAGUGGUCAAGAUUCACAUCAGCUUAUCUUGAUAUUGAAACAUGACUUUAUUCAAAAAUAUUUUUUUAAUUUGAAAAUUAUUCAAUAAAUCAAAAGUUGUGUUUUUGCUGAGUUUGUAUAUUUUAUUGGCCAACAAGUUUUAGUUUAUUUGAAUUUUUUUUAGCAUUUAAGCCAAAAACUGCAUCAAAAAGUUGCUUAUUGAUAUUUCAGCUGAAAGUUGUCUUACGCCACUCAUUUUUUAUAGACUAUAUUUUCAAAUGUAACAUCAGGUGCAGCACAUUUGUAAAAGAAUAAAAUAUGCUGACUGAAA